AGCACUUCUCUCUCUUCCUCCUCUUGUUGUACGGCGCAAGGGUUGUUUCUUUUUCAAAAUAUCCUUCUUUUAUGAACAUUUUUUCUCGCUGACGAGUACAAUCGUGUGUUUACAGUUUUCUUCUUGUACAGUAGCUUCAUCCAACUCAGCUCAGUGGCUCUCUGUUUUCUCUUCUUCUCUCCUUCGUCAUCGUCACACUUAAAGCACAUCGAGGCAAACGUUAAAAUAAUCCAAGUUCGUUUGUUUUCAAUGUUUGAUGAACAACUGUCCCGCCCACUCUAAUGUGACUACAAGCUCAUUGAAAAUGCGUCACACACACCUUUUCCAUGUGUGCAUCAUCUAUAUUAUCUAUAUAAUUCUAACUGCCGCUGUGUUAGCCAAACGCUUUUUUUGCCUAGAUGAACACAACGAAAAACUUCAAGUAUGUGAAAUAAUAAGUUAGCAUGCAUGGUAUGACAUAUUUUUAUUUUUGUAUUCAUGACACAUUUUUUUUAGUUCAGACUUGUAUAUUAUUUGAAACAUUAUUUAUACAAACAAUUUUGCUACAUUUUUCAAAUGUACAUGUAUUUAUAUUUUUUAUUUAUUUAGCGUCGACCUUCAUAUGUUGUAAAAAAAAAUGCAUACAUUUAUCUGCUUCAGUUUCUGAAAAGAUAGAACAGAAAAAUAAAUUCAAUUCGAAUUGUAUAAAUGCAUAUAAGGCACCAAAACGGUACUGGUACAGUCAGUACAGCUACAAUUAAUUCAACCCACAAAUAUUACUCGCUUUUUAAAUAUAAACGACAUACAAGUUUGUUGAAUUGUAUUGUUAAAGUGUCAUCGUCGGUUGUGUUCCAUCAGAAUGCAUGUUGUUCCUAUUGUAUUGCGUAAUUCUUUUGCAUCGCAAGUUUUUAACUCUAAUCAAUACAUCCUUAAUCUUUGUUUGCUCAUGCAAGCUUACUGCUUCUUGUUUCAAAUUUGUUUAUUUGAGUAUAAUAUUGUUUCUUAGUGUCUGGAUUCAGUCUUAGUCUUCCACCUAAGCCGUGCAUAUAACCAAUCCCAGAUCACCGCCCUCCUUUGUGGAGAGGAAGGUUGUAAACAUUAAGUGCUUCCUGUUCGACUGGGCAGUUUGGUGUGAGACAGACUGGUCAGUCCAAACACUGAGCUGGUCUGUAUAGCAAGCAGCAGAACUGGAAUCCUUUUCAUGUGGACUAGCAGACCGUCAACUUCCACACGUCCUAAUGGCUUUUUAUGGCUGAUUGGAAUCUUUAUUGCUCCGUCUGACUCAAUGGGAUUCGCUGCGAAGACAGAAGGUCCUCAGCAGGAGGACCCAUCUCAAUAAAGUACAGAUGCUGCGCAGUGAAACACAGAUCUUUCUGCUCUGAGAAGAUAGCAUCAAAAUUCUCCGUCUUUGGACUGAAUCACUCGUCAUAUUGGAAUUCCUGGGAUGACAUGGACUAUGGGCUUUUCCUAAUCCUGACCUGGAAUGUUAACUUGAAACCACUGUGUCUGUCUAGGAAAUAUUCCGUGGCAUCGCUCAGUGCUCCUCGCUGGUCAUCAUGGGUAGAACAGCAUAUAAAGAUCCAAAAGAGGAGAAGGAGAAGCAGAACGACAUUGCUGCGGGUUCUGCCCUUGACAAAUCCAACGAACCGUUCAGCUGGGAAGAGUAUCUACAAAAAACAUCCUCAACUGCAGCCUCGCCAUCUAGUUUUAGACAGAAUUCCGCCCUCCAAUGACUUCAAGGCUGGUAUGAAAUUAGAGGCCCGAGACCCUCGCAACCCCAACUCUGUGUGCAUCGCCACGGUGAUGGGCAUGAUGGGAACUCGCCUCCGGCUGCGGCUGGACGGCAGUGACAACACCAACGACUUCUGGAGGCUUGUGGACUCAUCAGAAAUUCAACCGAUAGGAAGCUGUGAACGGAAUGGAGACAUGCUACAGCCUCCACUUGGUUUUAGGAUGAACGCCUCCUCAUGGCCCAUGUUCCUCCUACGGACAUUGAGUGGAGCUGAGAUGGCACCCAGCUCUGCUUUUAAGAAGGAACCAGCGAGUCCUGCCAAAAACUACUUCCAGCCUGGCAUGAAGCUGGAGGCUGUGGAUAGAAAAAACCCCUACCUAAUUUGUCCUGCCACUGUGGGAGAGGUCAGGGGUCAGGAGAUCUUCAUAAUGUUCGAUGGCUGGCGAGGUGCAUUUGACUAUUGGUGCCCAUUUGACUCCAGAGAUAUCUUCCCCGUGGGGUGGUGUGCUCUGACUAAACACAGUUUGCAGCCUCCUGGAAACUUUUUUACCCUCCCUGGUGCUCUCUUGGCCCCCCCCUCCUCCGCCUCCACUACCCUCACCACUCGUCGCUCUUCAGUCAAAUCAUCCUCCUCCAUGCAGACCUCGUAUCGACUUCCAAACCCCUUACCGCCCCUCCCUGUGCGUAAGGGUGUCCGAGGUCGUCGCCCCAAAUCCCAGACUAUUGCUUUGUUGAAGGCAGCGGCUGAGGCGGCGGCGGCAGCAGCAGUGAAUGGAACAUCACAGGAUCCGUCCUCCAGACCACACAAGAAGAGAGGCCCCAAGCCUGGCAGCAAGAGAAAACUGACUGUCGAGCAAUCCUCUGGGGCUUCAUCAGUUUCAGCGUCACCUGCAGAGACCAGACUCAACUCAAGUCACAUCACAGUAGACAAUAACAGCUCAAGUGUUGUCUGCACAGUGUGUGUGUAUGUGAACAAGCAUGGCAACUAUGGUCCCCACCUCGACCGGAAACUUGUCCAGCAGCUUCCCGACCAUUUUGGACCGGCACCAGUCAACGCAGUCCUUCAGCAGGCAGUUCAGGCCUGCGUGGACUGUACGUACCAGCCCUCAGUCAUGCUCUCCUUCCUACAGAGCCAGUCUCACACGGGGGGAGAAGUCAUCCGAGUGCGUUCAGAACAUGGGAUCCGCUAUGUGAAGCUCCCGUCCGUCACCAGUGCAUCUGCUGUGCUACGCUUCCUGGAACAUAUGUGUCAACAUCUAGAAAGUGUCAUUCUGUUCAGCUCGCAGCCGUUCAGCCCCUUCAACAAAAACACGCGCUUCUAUGACCGGACAAAGUCAGAACCAGUUUCCCACACAGACAACAGCCUUUUAAAAGAAGAGUCUACGAAGAAACACCUCCCCCAGGCGUUGUCGACUCACACACCGUCCGAAUAUCGAGCCACAAAGAAGGAACGACCCUAUUAUCCUGGGCAGACGCACACACCACCACCACCUUUGCGCCGAGUCACUUCAAACCCAAGCGAUUUCAGCUCACUUCGUGCACACAGACAGGUGGAAGCUGCCAGCUCAACCACUGGCCCGGAUCACAUGACGCAAGAGAAGGAGGUUUCAGGCAGUGAUGUUUCUUCAUGGACAGUCGAUGAAGUUAUUCGCUUCGUCCAAGAAGCUGAUCCCCAGGCGCUUGGUCCGCAUGUGGAACUUUUCCGGAAACAUGAGAUCGACGGCAAGGCUCUGAUGUUGCUGCGAAGUGAUGUCAUCAUGAAGUAUAUGGGACUAAAGCUGGGACCAGCGCUGAAAAUCUGUCACCACAUUGAGAAGCUUAAACAGACCAAACAGUAAAAGGCUGUGGACGCGGAGAGCCCUGAAACCCUCACUGAUGCAGCUCAGAACACAUGUAGCAACAAGAAGCACACUGGUUUAUAUUCGUUUGAGUCUUUAAGUAUUGAGGAUAUACAGUAGUGUUUUCAGUAUUUCUACCAACAAGCUGUAUGUGUUGUGGUGGCAUUGGUUAUAAAACUCUAUCUGGUUGUAUUGAAAACGUGGCAUACCUUCAGCUGUACGUUGUGACUGUACGUUUUCGGUACUUUCAUCCACCCCAUCACUCUUUGAACACAUUUUUUAAUAAUUGCUGACUAUUUAUUUUACAUUAAAGUAGAUGUCUAGCAAAGGCGGGGGUUCGUACAAUUAGUCUGUAUUUAUCCAUGCCUUACUUGGAUUGCAGGCCGUGAAAUAUUGGUCUUUUAACUUACCUGUAUUUACAUCAAGUCACUGUAUCUUUUGCAUAUAUUCUUUCUUUACCUACUGUUGAAGUGUCCCGUGAUGAACAUAAGGAUUUGAGACUGGGAGCAAAUAGAAAAGUGCAUGAUCUGUUAAUGCAAUAAUAUCCCGGUUUUGUUGUUUUAAAAUUUAUUUAAUACAUUUCAGGGAGUGGCGAAACUCAUCAGCAUUGAAAGUUUACGGUGCAAAGUGAGUUGUCAUGUGAAUGGGAAGCUGUGAUGGACACUGAUAGAAAACAUUCAAUGACUUGUAUGUUUGUUUUAUACACAUAUACCUCAGCGUUAAGGUGCGAAGACGAGUGGCGUUCCCUUAUCCUAAUUGGGGUCAGUUCUGUUACUUGCAUUGAAUCACUGCUGUCCCUCUUUUCUAGGAAUUUCCUGAAGGACGGUUAACCUGUCUAAAGCCUUAUGUUUUUGUCAUGUUGUUUGUGAUGUCUACAAUCAAAACCCGACAUGGUGCAAACACAAAUAUUUAAGAUCCAAUUCAAUUUCAUCAUUUUAACAUUGUCUCAUUUAGAUUUUACUUUUUUGGGGGCCGGGGGGAGUUGUCAAUUUUAAGUUUUUUAUGUGCUUGGUUUUGUAUCCCCCCCAUUUUAACGGCAUACAAAUGGGUCCGAUGUCUCUGGAGCGGUGUAGUUUUAUUAUCUUAAAUGCAGACAUGAAACACGGAAUGCAAUGUGACGAUGGUAGACAAGUUUGAAUGCUGCACAGUUCAACUGUUUUGUAUAAAG